AUGGCAGGAAGAGAGGUUCGAGAAUACACCAAUCUCACCGAUCCCAAAGAUAAGAAAUUGGGUAAAGGAAAAGAUAAGAUUGAUGAUGAAGACGUUACUUUCCAACGUAUGGUUGCAAAGAUGCAAGAGGUAGCUGGGGAGCGUGGAGGUUAUCUUCAUGGGCGAGCUUUGGACAGUGAUGAUCUACUAUAUCUCAAGGAGCAAAUGGAAGCUGAGGAGGAUGCUGAGCGCCUCUUGCGUCGUACUGAAAAACGAGCCUUUGCUGCUUUUAAGAUAUCCUUUUCAAGUUUAGCAGAUUCUUCACCUGCAUCAUUACCGUUACCGUUACGUGUAGAGCCAAAGCCAAAGAGCGGGAUUAGGCAACAAGAUCUGCUGAAAAAAGUUGUUGAGAUUAAACCUAAGCGACCAAGGUCUGAAAGCAAUAAGCCAACACAAGCUCCUAGUGAUGCUUCUAUUACAAAUCAUGGGCGUGAUCAUGAUAAUUUGAAAGAAAAUGAUCAGUCUUUAUCAGGACCAAAGAAAUUUGAGGAACACGCCUCGGUGGGGAUGCAUGAAGGUGAGACAAAGCCUAAGGUUGAUAACUCUGGUGGGGGAUUACUAGGCCUGGCGUAUGCUAGCUCAGACGAUGAUGAUGAUGAAUGA